AUGGGUGCCCUCGAGAGAUUGACUCAGCUUGGCGGCCAGUUCUCCGCCGGCGGCAAGGACAAGAUCCUCCAGAAGAACGCUGACGAUGUCGUCGUCACCGCAGCCCUCCGAACGCCCUUCACCAAGGGUGGCAAGGGUGGCUUCAAGGACACCCAGGCCGCCGACCUGAUUGCCGGCACCCUCAAGGCCCUCCUCGACCGCUCCAAGAUCGAUCCCGCCCUCGUCGAAGAUAUCGCCGUCGGCACCGUCCUGGCCCCCGGCGGUGGCGCCACCGAGAUGCGUGCCGCUGCUCUCGUCGCCGGCUUCCCCCAGACCACUGCCGUGCGCACCCUCAACCGCCAGUGCUCCUCUGGUCUGCAGGCUUCCGUGGACAUCAUCAACGCGAUCAAGACUGGCAUGAUUGAGGUCGGCAUCGGCGCCGGUGUCGAGAGCAUGUCAACGCAAUACGGCCCCGCCGCCGUCUCCGAGUUCUCUGAGCUCCUCGAGAACACCCCCGAAGCCGCAAACUGCAAGGUCCCCAUGGGUGUUCUCUCCGAGAACAUGGCCCAGGACCUCGGCAUCCCCCGCACCAAGCAGGAUGCCUUCGCCGCCUCCUCGUACGCCAAGGCCACCAAGGCCCAGGCCGAGGGCCUCUUUGACCAGGAAAUCGUUCCCCUCAAGGUCAAGUGGGAGGACCCCAAGUCUGGUGAGACCAAGGAGAUCACCGUCGCCAAGGACGACGGCAUCCGCGCCGGCGUCACCGCUGAGUCCCUGGCCAAGAUCAAGCCCGCCUUUGCAAAGGACGGCGGCAUCCACGCCGGUAAUGCCUCCCAGGUCUCCGACGGCGCCGCCGCCGUGCUCUUCAUGAAGCGCUCCACCGCCGAGCGCCUCGGUCAGCCCAUCCUCGGCAAGUUCGUCUCCGCCGCCAUCGUCGGCCUGCCGCCGCUGCUCAUGGGCCAGGGUCCUGCCAAGGCCAUCCCCGUCGCCAACGCCAAGGCCGGCAUCGCGACCGAGGACGUCGACAUCUAUGAGAUCAACGAGGCUUUCGCGUCGCAGUGCCUGUGGAGCGCCGAGGUGCUCGGCAUUCCGUUCGAGAAGGUCAACCCCAAGGGCGGUGCUAUUGCCUUCGGUCACCCGCUUGGCUGCACUGGCGCAAGACAGAUCUCGACGCUGUUGUACGAGCUUAAGCGGACGGGUAAGAAGAUUGGUAACACGUCCAUGUGUAUCGGUACCGGUAUGGGCAUGAGCGCCGUCUGGGUUGCCGAGUAAGUUGGUGACGACGGGGAAUUAAAGAUUUGAUGAUGAAACUUGUAUUUUAAUUAGAGCAUUUGGGCCUAGUUGUAAAUCAACAGAAUGGUUCUGGAUUUAGGCGUAUGAAAUACGAUUGGUCUAUGAUGUCUGAGGGUUUUGAUUUGAUACACCAGCCUCAUCCGAGGUUUGCCACGUCUCAAUGGUCACCUACGUUUCUUAGGUCGAGGAUAGAGUCCUACCUUUGUCGCUCCACGCCUUGUCUUUCAGGAGAUUGCAUGUAAACCAUCUCACCCAGGUAUUCAGACGAUAAGUCCAGGCCAGCCACCCAUAAAGGUGUCUUUCCUGUACGGCGAACCAAGCCA